AUGGCAGAUAAAGAGAAAGGAAAAGAAAAAGCUCUUAAGACUCGUCAAUUAAAACAACAUUUUAAACGUUCAAAUGCAAAUCCUCCUUUUGUACAACCUUCAGGAUUAUUUAAUACUACUACUCCAUCACUUAGAACAUCUCAUGAUGCACCUCCUGUUGUGACAUCUCAUAAUGCACAUCCUCCUAGUACAUCUCAUGUUGCACAUCCUCCUAAGACGUCUAAUGUUGCAUUUCAUCAUAUUUCUAUUCCCUUAAGGACUUCUAGGACAUCCGCUACUACCCCAUCACCUAGGACAUCUCAUGUUACACCUCUACGAGGGGUAGAUUCACCAUCUAAUUCACAACCAUCUCAAUCUGAAGGAGUGCAUAGCCCAAGAUCCAAUGAAAUUGUCAUUGCAUCUGAAACACAAAGCAAUGGUGGCAAGCGAACUUUAUACCUUGACGGGGAACACAAGGAUUCAAAAAGAAGAGCAUACAAGCAAAAACAAACCGAGCAUCUAAUUGUGGAGGUUUUGGAGGGCCUCUUCACACAUACGGAUUUGAAUGGCAUUCCUCCUAGUCAUUCAGAUUUGUUUCUCCAUACACAUAAACGUGGCAAGGAUAAAACUUGGAUUGAUAGAAGAUCGGAAUAUGUUCAUGAAAAAUUUAAACGAAGGUUUAAAGAAUUGACCCAAGAAACAACUUCACAAGGAACUCCUCCACCAAAUGAAUUAAAUGUGUGGUGUGAGGUUGCUGGAAUAAAAGGAGGACGAGUAUAUGGUCUCAGAAUGGAAUCUACUGUAUUAUUAGGGAGACCUAAUUAUCGUGGAUCAUGUUCUUCAUCAACAAAGUGGGUUCAAAGACAUGAAUUUGAAGAAAUGAGAAAUGAAAGAGAUCAACUUCGAGAGGAAUUGGCUAAUACAAACAGAGCAGUUGAGCGCAACAACCACUUGAUAAAACAACUAGUGAAUAGCUUGAACUUUAAACCCAUGCCAUAUACUAGAGAUCAAAUUCAUGAAGAUGAGAUUAGUGAUAAUGAUGAUGAGAUUGGUGAACAUGGUGUUGGUGAUUUUGAUGAUGAGAUUGCUGAUAAUGAUGCUCGUGAUCAUGAUGGUGAAGAGUUAGAUGGAUAAUGAUAAGUUAAUAUGAAGAACCAAUAUGUUGCAAUUUGUUAUGACUAAAUAUAUUAUGUUUAAACUAAAAUUUUAUUUGUAUUAUUUUGAGUACU